GGCUGCGGGAGUUGGCGCGAAGGCUGCGGGGCGGGCGGCAUGGGGACGGAGGCGUCCCGGUAGCGAGGUGACCCGCAGCCGGCAGCAUGGAUAUCCGAAGGUUUUUUGGUGUUGUUCAUCCUGGAAAGCGACAAGAAUGUGAGACUGUGAAAAAGAGUGAAAAAAUUAAAAAUGGUGAAGGACCUUCAAGUGGGAAGAAAAGGGAAAAGGAGACUAAGGUGAAUAGUUCACCCGUUGAAGAUGAUGAUUACAAACCAAAACGAACAAGCAAGAAAAAAAGAAUAAUCUAUGAUUCAGAUUCAGAAGAGGAAGUGCAGUCAGUGAAAAAACCCAAGAAGCUACCUGAGAAAAAACCAGCUGCUUCAAAACUUGGUAAAGUUCUAAAGCAGGAUCCUGUUGUUUAUAUUUCAGAGACAGAUGAAGAAGACAACUUUGUCAGUGAGAGAACUUCCCAGAAACCAAAGGAGAAUGGGACAUCAGCAGUCACUUGUGCAGGAACAGCUACAGUGAAAAAGGAGGAUGCAAAACCACGAGCUAAAAGCAAGCCAUUAUCUCCAGUGAAGCAGACUCCCACCUCAGCACUUGACUACUUUGGGACAAGCAGUGUCCAACGAUCAGAAAAGAAACUUGUAGCAAGUAAAAGGAAAGAACCUUCACAAAGCAGAGAGAGCACCACGGAUGAUGAGGCCAUUGCCAGGCAACUGCAGCUUGAAGAAGAUUCAGAGCUGGAGAGACAGCUGCAUGAAGAUGAAGAAUUUGCUAAAACUUUGGCCAUGUUGGAUGAAACACCACAGAAGAAAAAGGCUCGGAAAGAUUCAGGAGGUGAGCAAACAGUGUUGAGCAUCAAGAGCAGUCCUAACGUGACAGAGAGAUACAAGCAGCUGGAAAGAGUGAAAGCAACAAACUCAGCAGGUGAAGCAAAGAUUUCCACUCCAAAGGAGCAAGCUAAAUCUGAACAUUCUACAGGGUCUCGUGUAUCUCCACAAUCAUCUGAUGGUAAAGGAGCCAGGCAGUUGAUGGAUAAGACCUUACCUUUGAAACCGAGCUCUAAGCUUGUGUCUCUGAAACAUAAAGAAGACUUGGCUAAAAAGGAAAGAGGUGCUCAAAGCUUCGUAUCAAAGGGGAAAACUGCUUCAGGGAAAGAAGAGAAGAUAACACCAAAGAAGGAGAAAAUUUCUCCCAAGAAGUCUGAGUCUGUAAGUCCUGAGGACUCCGAAAAGAAGCGAACCAAUUAUCAGGCCUACCGAAGCUUCCUCAAUCGUGAGGGUCCAAAAGCCCUGGGUUCCAAAGAGAUACCUCAGGGGGCUGAAAACUGCUUGGAAGGCCUGACGUUUGUGAUUACGGGUGUUCUGGAGUGUAUUGAAAGAGAUGAGGCCAAGUCUCUGAUUGAACGUUACGGAGGAAAAGUGACUGGCAAUGUCAGCAAGAAGACAAACUAUCUGGUUAUGGGGAGAGACUGUGGUCAAUCUAAAUGUGAAAAGGCAUCAACUUUAGGGACAAAAAUCAUUGAUGAGGAUGGCCUGUUUGAUCUCAUUCGAACUAUGCCAGGCAAAAAGUCCAAAUAUGAGCUGGCUGCUGAAACAGAGGCAAAGAAAGCAGACUCGAGACCUAAGAAAUCACCACAGAAAGCUGGAAAAACGAAUUCUAGCCCUUUCAAAAGGGAAGCUGAUAACAAAAAACAUCAGUCUACUCCUGAGAAAGGAGGUGCUGUCAGAUCUGAUAAGAGAGAAGCCGGUGUUCGGAAGCUCACAGACUUCAGACGGGAAACUGCGGAGAAGAAAGAAGCCCCAGAGUCCAAGAGGAACUUGGAUCCUGAGAUUAAUGAAGAUGGAACAGAGAGAUUGCUAUGGGUAGAUAAAUACAAGCCUGUAUCUCUAAAGGCAAUAAUUGGACAGCAGGGUGAGCAAAGCUGUGCCAAUAAACUGCUCCGCUGGCUCCGGAAUUGGCACAGGAAUACCUCGGAUGAUGGACAAGCAAAGACCAGUAAAACUGGAGGCAAAGAUGAUGGUACUGGCUUUAAAGCAGCAUUACUUUCUGGUCCACCUGGGGUUGGUAAAACUACUACAGCUUCUUUGGUUUGUAAGGAGCUGGGGUAUAGCUAUGUGGAGCUGAAUGCCAGUGACACUCGCAGUAAGAACAGUCUUAAAGAAGUAGUUGCUGAAUCACUGAACAACACCAGCAUCAAAGACUUCUGUUCUGGCACAUCCUCAUCAGUUAGCGGGAAACAUGUAUUGAUCAUGGAUGAAGUGGAUGGUAUGGCAGGCAAUGAAGACAGAGGAGGGAUUCAGGAGCUGAUUGGUUUGAUUCGACAGACGAAGGUUCCCAUCAUCUGCAUGUGUAAUGAUAGAAACCACCCAAAAAUGCGUUCCUUGGUGCACUACUGCUUUGAUCUUCGUUUUCAGAGACCUCGUCUGGAACAGAUUAAGGGUGCCAUGAUGUCUAUUGCAUUUAAAGAGGGUUUAAAAAUUCCACCACCUGCUAUGCAAGAGAUAAUCCUGGCAGCAAAUCAGGACAUCAGACAGGUUUUACAUAAUCUUAAUAUGUGGUGUGCAAAAGAUAAAUCGUUGACUUAUGAUGAGGCUAAAACAGAUGCCAGCAGAGCCAAAAAGGAUAUCAAGCUGGGCCCUUUUGAUGUUGUCCGGAAGGUUUUUGCUGCUGGAGAGGAGGCUUCUCGUAUGUCUCUUAUAGACAAGUCAGAUCUUUUCUUCCAUGAUUAUUCCCUAGCACCUCUCUUUGUCCAAGAGAACUAUGUACACGUGAGACCAGCUGCUGCUGGAGGAAAUCUGAAAAAACACUUGGUGCUCUUGAGUAGAGCAGCUGAUAGUAUAUGUGAUGGCGAUAUAGUGGACAAACAGAUUCGUACCAAGCAAAACUGGAACCUUCUUCCAACACAGGCAAUUUAUUCCAGUGUUCUCCCUGGGGAGCUGAUGAGAGGUUACAUGUCCCAGUUUCCUGUCUUCCCCAGCUGGCUGGGGAAAUUUUCAUCCACAGGCAAACAUGACCGCAUCAUUCAAGAACUGGCAAUGCACAUGAGUCUCAGAACUCAGGCAUGCAAGAGGACAGUAAACAUGGAGUAUCUGUCCUGUCUGCGGGAUGCGCUUGUCCGGCCCUUGAAAGACCUUGGUGCAGAGGGUGUGCAAGAAGCUAUAACAUUCAUGGACUCUUACUGCUUGAUGAAAGAAGAUAUUGAAAAUAUAAUGGAAAUAAGCAUGUGGGGAGGCAAACCCAGUCCUUUUUCAAAGCUGGAUCCCAAGGUCAAAGCAGCUUUUACACGAGCCUACAACAAAGAGGCACAUCUGACUCCCUAUUCACUUCACUCUGUCAAGACAUCAAAAAGGCAGUCAGGAUCUGCAGUGACCUCAGAACUGACUGAAGACUUCAGUAUGGAAGAGAUCCAGUCUGAGGAUGAGCAAGAAGAUACUGUUGAAAGUGAUGCAAUGAUUAAGCAAAAAAAGAAGCCUUCUAAGCUGCCAAAAGGAGAGAAACAUGAAGAAACAACAAAGAAAGAAGGGAAAAGGAAAGAGAAAACAAGACAUUAAACAGAAUAAAAUCUCUUUCUGGAUCCAGCUUUGCUUCUCUAACUUCUGGCAGGAACAUGAAACAGCAGAUGCAGUGAUGGAGCUAAGGAAGCAGAACCAGUGCACUGAAAAUGCUCCUCUGGUAGAGGUGAUGCUGUUCCUGUGCUCUCUCUGUGCAGCUCUGUACUUACCCAUAACGUGCUGCAGCAUUACCAGCCAUAAAUACCCUUGUACAACAAAUGCCAGGGUGCCUGAACACUGAAGAUGUGCUGUCCUUACCUGGCAUUUAUACGAAGUCUUCCUAGGAUUUCACUUCUGUUUUUUUAAUAAACCCCCUGAUACUGCGUGGUGAAAUCUUGUAAAUAGUACAUGAGGCAAAACAAACCCCAAACAUAAAUCGCGCAUUUGUACCACAGAAAUUGAGCAGUGUAUAAAAUUACAAUAAAAAGUUUCACAGGAACCUCUUAAAUUAAAUUUUGUUUAAGUUCAGGGGGCAGUUUGUCUCUCUCCAAGGUUCUGCCUUUCUGGCAUGUACAGGAUGCAGUGUUUUUCUUUUCCUCCAAUUUUCCUUUUGUUCAGUUAGAGACAGAAAAUCAGUGAGGGAUUGAAUUGUAAAACUUGAGGAGCCUGUGCUUAGGACUUGUAUCUCUAACCAAAACCAGACAAGAAGACUUGGAGUAAGAAAUCUUUAAUAGAAACUCAUAAAAGUUCACAACUAAUUUGAAAAAGAGAACUUGAGGGCUUGUUUUUUGCCACUCAUGUAACACAGAAUGCUCCUUGCUUUGUCUCUGUGGACAAAUGCAAAUUUUGCUUGGUAAGAACCAUUAUUCAUCAGUUUUAUAACUCGAAGUACAAAAUUUAUCAAAAGCAGAGUAUUUACAGGCUCUCACAAAAUAGCAGUGAUGUUGUGGUUGUUGGUAAAUCCUAGUGGAGAAAAGAUGAGUAAUGCGAAUGCUUUUUUUGCUGCUUCCCAGACCACACAUGCAGUUCUGAAAAUAAACAAGAUAUAAAGAUUGUGAUAGUAAAUGACAAAGUUUUCUCUGAUUGAAAAAAUGAACAGAAGUUACUGUGGUGUAUACAGAGUUGUAUACUAUCACUUGUGUAUUUCUUUAACCUAUAGCUGAGGUGAGUUUUCACAUAAGGUGUUUGCAAUAGUAAAUCUGCCUUCAAAUAUUAAAAUUAAUGAAGAACUUUAACACAUUUUCAGUUACCAGCCUCCUAACAAAACUGAAGUCUGGGAUGUAAGUGUGUUGUAUAGACAGAGAAGUGGUCUCAUUCUUUGAAAUCUGAAUAUUUGAAGCCAUUGGUGUGUUACUGGUUUGUACAUACCUAGUAGUAUGCUGCUCUGUCCUCUGAUAUAUUUAAAGUCUGUUUAACAUCAAAGCUAAGAUCAUGUAACCUGCAUUUGAGAUCUGCUUCUUUCAGUUUUUAUCUCUCUCUCCCUGCACUUAACACUCAUGAUAUGUAGGAUUUGAUGAUGCUGUUGUUGUAGGAUUUGAUGUUCAGACUGUUCUCUGAGCUACUCAAGCACAGCUGGUAACUCAUGCAGAUGAUAAUGUGAUCAAAGAGAUAAACUGGUUUAAAGCCUUAAAACUGGAAUGAUUUAAGAGGGUUUACUUGCAGUAGCAAAACAGCUGCUGGUUGCAUGACUGAGGGUGAGCAGGCGUUACCCCUGAGCCUCUGUUGGCUGAGGGAAGACUCAGGCUCUGAGUUCAGUCCUUGAACACUGCAUUUUACUUGAUGGGAAAAAACUUACCAUGUCUUCUACAAUGAGCUCUGUUAGGAAAAAAAUACAAGGUCUGGUACAUACCUGAACUUAUUGGUCCCCAACUUCUGGUUUGAGGUAUUCUGUGCAAUCAUUUAUUUUUUUAAGCUGAACAAUGUUGAUCCUUUCAGAACACAUUGGACAUAUGUUUUCUGUCUGUAAUAUGCUGUAUUAAAAGAAAGGUGAUCAGAAGAUAAUUCUAAUACUUUUAAAGGAAGAGCUGGGCCUGAUGCAGAAAGCAUAAGGCAAAGAUCUGACCUGUGCUGUGUGGCACAGCAACAGCUGCUUCUGUCUAGGUGUGGAGCAAAGGGUGGUUGGUUUGUUUCUAACACUUGAGACCUCAAUACCACAACAGGAGGGCUGCUGCUUUUCACGUGGGCAUGAGGUAAAUUUGGAACUUAAACACCAAGGAGCUUAGGGCUGGAAUACAAACUUGCUGCAGCUUUGCAAUUCCUGCAGCCUGAACAGAGCUAUCCCAACCUGUUCCCACACAGGUGAUUACUGGGGACAUUAUUGCUGCACAGGACAUACCUGUGCCUCUGUUCCUCCACCUGCCCUCACCUUGGGUCAUCUGCCUGGAAGGAGCUGGGAACUUCCAAAGCCCCCCAUCCAUCUGCAUUACAGCUCUGUUGUGGGAGCCCUGCAUCCCUGGCUGGGUCUUUCUUCAGUGUAGUUUUUGAUCCAAUUCAAAGUAAUAUUCUGUGAGUAUAUUGGAUUAAACUACCAAGUACAGGGUAUUACUCUCCAGCCUCCCCAGCUGUUACGUUUUUUUGCUGCUAAAUCAUGAACACAUUGGAAUCCUGCAACAGAGAAAAAAAAUAAAUCCCAGCUUACUUCUUGAACUCUGAAUAGAGGGCAGGAAAGUCACAGUGUGGGCAGACUGUCCAGUCAUCUUGAACCAUAUGCCGACCCUGCACACAAAAGCCGUAAGAAAAUAAUUAGAUGCAGUGUCCUACAGCACUGGGCAUUGACUUCUCUACCUUUUAUGGUGAAAGUCUCAGCAAUUCCUCAGAUCUUAAGGAAUGAAAAGAAAAAAAAAAAGAAACCAUAAUAGUGAUACUGUAGUUUGAUAUCCUGUGUAAAUUCUGUAAGUAGAAAAGGAGCUCUCAGUGAGAUGCAGUUUUCAUUGCUAUUUGCAUUCUUUUAAAUCUAAGAAUGUAUUAAAUUACAGCUUUUAAAAUUCUUUUAAUACGGUAAUUCUAGAAUGUUAUCUAUAGUUUUAUAUUUAGAGCUUUUUACAUAAAUCUUACUGGGAUUUUUGGUGUUGCAUAUGAGCCACUCAAAAUAUGCCCCCUGAGCCCAGGAGGUUGCAUUUAAUGCUGUCAAUUUUGUGAUUAUUGUGACUGCUUGGUACUUGCCUCUUUAAACAGAAAUUAUAUCCUCUGUUUUGGUAUAGCUUAUGAAUUUGCUUUUGACAGAAUUCAUUCCUUUUUAAACUGUAACUGAGAUUUAUGCUCUGAUACACAACAACAGACUUGUAAGAUAUUUGGAAAUGCUGCAUUCCUAAUGAUACCUGUGACAUAAAAGAGCUAUAACCAAGAUGGAGCCUGAAUUAAUAAUGUGACCUAUACACUGAUAGCCACAUUAUGUUUGGCUCAAAGCUAAAACUAUAUUUAAUAGCCUGGGGGUUUUUUUGGUGUUUUGUUUUUUGUUUUUUUUUUUUUAGAGUAACAUUUUAGAAGUAUUACUUUGGUAAUCUUACUCUGCUAAACCAACAGAGUAAAAAAAAUUAUACUUUUUGUAAGAUUUAAAGUUACCUAUUAAAACUAAAGAAUUA